UCCCCGCCCUUUUGUAACAGGUGCAAUAAUUUCAGGAGAAGGCUUCUCAGGUGAGUCCAACAGCACAAGAAGGGCUUCUGUUUUGGACUCCGCGACCCCGGCUUGCAGCUCUCUUGGAGCUGCGGGAGUGUUCCGUCCAAUCCUGGGACAGCGGAAGGCACAAACUGGAGUCCACAGUGGGCUUGCUCCUAGUGGGCCUGCAGUCCAUCCCCCAGGCCUCACGCAGUUCCUCCGGAGUCUAGAGGACUCCAAAGGGGCUACCUCCCCUUGGAACCGCAGCUCUACACUUCCCAGGAGAAGAGACGGGGCGGACUUUGUGUUGGUUCUUCCCAGAUCCCCCAUUCUCAAGGUCCCUCGGAUGCCCAAGGCAGGGGGCUGGUCCCGGGCGGGUCCCGGCCCCGCCUCUCGGGUCCGCCCCCACCCGCCCGGCGCCCAGUCCCCAGGCCCGGCCCGCCCCUGCGCCCGCCCCUCCGGCCGCCCCUCGGGCGCAGCCAGCCGCACACUGCCAGUGCCCACACCGAGCGGCCGAGGUCGGGUCUCCUCCCGUGUCUGUCCGCUUCUCAGACCGGUCAUGGAGCCAAGCCCCGAAGCCGAGGAGGAGCGCACAGUGCGGGAGGCUCUCGGGCGCUACGAGGCCGCGCUGGAAGGCGCAGUGCGCGCGCUGCACGAGGACAUGCAGGGGCUGCAGCGGGGCGUGGAGCGGCGAGUGGCCGAGGCGCUGCGCCUGGCCGGCCCGCUGGCGCGCACCGUGGCGGAGCUGCAGCGCGACAAUCAGCGACUGCAGGCUCAGCUCGAGCGCUUGACGCGCCAGGUGGAGGCGCUGGGCUUGGCCACAGGGCUGUCUCCCGCGCCCGGCACGCCCAGCACACCCAGCCCUCCACCCGCCUCUGGGGCUCCGGAGCGUGCGCCCCGCCUGGGCACCGCACGCUUCGCCAGCCACGCCACCUUCUCGCUGUCCGGCCGGGGCCAGAGUGUGGAUCACGAGGACACCAGUGAGCUGGAGAUGAGGAGGACCUCCAACUCGUGCAUCCUGGACAAUGGGCACCUGCCCGGGGCAGGUCCAGGUGACAGCCCCACUGAGGUUGCACAGACCUUCCCGACCCCGGGACCCUCCAAGCCUCGCCCCGUGAGUCUCUCCUUGCGGCAGCCCCACCAGCCAGUCACGGCCAUCACCCGCGUCUCCGAGAGGUUCUCUGGGGAGACCUCUGCCGCCGCUCUGUCCCCGACAUCUGCUGCAGUCCUGGGGGGCUUCAGCCCAAGCCCCAGUGAGGCCACCACCCCCUGGACUCCCAGUCCCAGUGAUAAGACUCCCUCUCUUACGCGGUCUCUGUCAAGCUCUGGCUACGGGAUGGUGACGGCAGGCAAGUGCAAUGACAGCCCACCACUGGUGACACCACCUCAGUCACCUCCAUCUCUGUCGCCGCCAGCCACGACUCAGGCCCCGCGCCAGGGUGAGCGUCGUCGGGAGCUGGUGAGGUCGCAGACGCUGCCCCGCACCUCGGGGGCCCAGGCCCGCAAGGCGUUGUUUGAGAAGUGGGAGCAGGAUACGGCCGGCAAGGGUAAGGGUGAGACCCGGGCCAAGCUGAAGCGGUCCCAGAGCUUCGGCGUGGCCAGCGCCAGCAGCAUCAAGCAGAUCUUGCUCGAGUGGUGCCGCAGCAAGACCUUGGGCUACCAGCACGUGGAUCUGCAGAACUUCUCCUCCAGCUGGAGCGAUGGCAUGGCCUUCUGUGCCCUGGUGCACUCCUUCUUCCCCGACGCCUUUGACUACAACGCACUGAGCCCCACGCAGCGGCAGAAGAACUUCGAGCUGGCCUUCAGCAUGGCUGAGAACCUGGCCAAUUGCGAGCGCCUCAUCGAAGUGGAGGACAUGAUGGUGAUGGGCCGCAAGCCAGAUCCCAUGUGUGUCUUCACCUAUGUGCAGUCCCUCUACAACCACCUGCGUCGCUUCGAGUAAGCCCUUGAUUCCACAAGAUCAGCCCCAGGCCGGGAUGAGGUCUGGGACCACCUGUGUCCUCUCCCUGAGUCAGGAUGACCCCCUCCCCAGGGGCAGUAGCCCCUUGGGGAGGACACACAGUGACUGCCUUCAUGCCCAGCUGCCUUCCUGAUGAAGCCCGAGGAGCUGGGCUGCGAUGUUGGGCUCCGAAACCAGAGCAGAGAAAUGGUGCUAUGUAACACUUCCUUGAGAAAAUGCCUGUCCUUGAAGAUUUCUGGAAAGCUAAGCUACAGCUCCCCCAGUGGUGGUUUUUGAGCCCUUGGUUUGCCUGGCUUCCAUUGAGAAGGCAGGUUCUUCUACUUCUUCCCACGAGCCCUUUCCUCCCCAUCUCUGGGCCAGGGACGGCUGCCUCGGCAGCUUGGCUGAGCAAGUGGUGGCUUAAUCCUGCCCAUGUCCUUGCCCUGAGCCCUCCAAGGCUUCCCAGGAGCCCUGACACGCAUGCCGCUCUUGAGGGGUGGUUUGGUUUGCAUCAUUUUUUAGGAAAUUUUGCUGCAAGUAUUUAUGAAAGCCAAUUCCAUCUGUACCGUUGACCUGUUUGUACAUAAAGAGAUGUGUUAGAGC